AUUGCCGCAGCCUGAGCAGGCCCUUUCUCUUCACUUCUCUGCGCGUCUCUUUCCGUUACACAACACGCGCAGGAACCAAAACAUAGAAGAAAAAAAAAGCAGCGACAAGGUUUAGUUGUAUUUGAUUUGCGUGUAAUGUUGUUAUCGUUUACCCUUAGUCUUAUUGUAUUGCACUAUUGAAGUGUUGAUAGGGGGCGGUUAAUUGAAAAUGAACGAGGAAGAUGGAGCAAGCAAGAGGAAUAUCGCCCUUAUUUGUAUUACUACCAUCUUCCUUGUGGCUUUGAUCAUAGGCAUCGCAUUUAGCGUCAACGUGGAGACGGACAGUUCCCACAGUGAAAGACCACAGAAGGAUCGCGUUGUUUCGUCUGUGAAAGCGGUGAGAAUCCUUUGUAAACCCACAAUGUACCAGAAAGAAUGUGAGAAAAGUCUGAUAAAAGAUGCGGGGAACAUCACAGACUCCAGAGAACUCAUUAAAAUUGCAUUCAAUGUAACCAUGAAGAGAAUAGGUAAAGGACUAAAAAAAAUAGAUACCAUGCGCAAGAAUGAGAGUGACCCCAGAACCAAGAUGGCGUUUGGAACAUGCACGCAACUGCUCAAUCUUUCCACUGGGGAAUUCAAUAGGGCAAUCGAGAAAAUGGGCAAGUUUGAUCUCAACAAUCUCAACAACAUCCUCACUAGUUUGAAAGUUUGGCUCAGCGGUGCAAUCACGUACCAAGAAACUUGCUUGGAUGGUUUCAAUAACGCCACCACCCAUUCAGGGAGUAAGAUGAGGAGCUUGUUGACCACUUCCAUGCACCUCAGCAGCAACGCCCUUGCCAUCAUCUCAGCACUUGUUAGCACUGUCGAAAUUACGGAAGCCGGGAGUCGCAACCUUUCUGAGGGUGGCGAACAUGUUUUUGGUCACGGUGAGGUUGUUCCCUCGUGGGUUGUCGAUGAUGAUGAUGAUGAUGAUGAUGGUGUUCGUAGACUCCUUCUUCAAAAUCCUCAUAAACUGAAGGCUAACGCGGUUGUAGCCAAAGAUGGUAGCGAAAAGUUCACGACCAUCGGCCAGGCAUUAAAGAUGGUGCCUAAGAAGAACAAAAGGCCAUUCGUGAUUCACAUUAGGGGGGGUGUUUAUCAUGAGUACGUUGAAGUCCCUAAAUUCAUGACUCGCGUCGUGUUUGUCGGUGAUGGUCCCAACAGAACACGAAUCACGGGCAAGAGAAACUUCGUGGAUGGAACGGUUACUUACAGAACCGCCACAGUUGCUAUUCAUGGAGAUUACUUUGUGGCCAUCAAUAUAGGGUUUGAGAAUUCCGCUGGUCCCCAGAAACAUCAAGCAGUGGCCAUAAGGGUUCAAGCAGACAGAUCCAUUUUCUACAAAUGCUGGAUAGAUGGGUAUGAGAACACGUUGUAUGCUCUUGCAAUGCGUCAGUUUUAUCGGGAAUGCAGGAUUUCAGGCACCGUGGAUUUUGUGUUUGGUGAUGCAGUGGCUGUUUUUCAAAAGUGCAUUUUCGUGGUGAAAAAGCCAUUGAAAAACCAAGAAUUGAUUGUGACUUCUCAAGGUAGAAAGGAGAAGCAGCAACCGACAGGAAUAGUGAUACAAGGAAGCAUCAUUGUGGGAAAUGGUAGAGUGAAGUUUGAUAACAAGGCUUACCUUGCUCGUCCACAGAAGAGUUACUCGAGGACCAUCUUCAUGAACACUUACAUGGAGGACAUUAUCGAACCAGAGGGGUAUCUGGCACGGCAAGGACGACAUGGUCCUUCAGGUAUGAACACUUGUUUCUAUAGUGAGUACAAUAACAGUGGUCCUGGUUCAGACAAAUCGAAGCGUGUAAAAUGGCGUGGGAUCAAGACACUGAAUGCAAAAUCUGCGACGGAAUACUCACCACUCAAUUUUUUUCAUGGAGAUCAAUGGGUUAGAGUUACUAAGAUUCCUUACUAUCCUAAUAUCCUCCCCAAGCUCUAAACAUUUUUUUAGGAAGGAGCAUGUCCACAGACUAGACUCAUUUAAUUAAGGCUUCUAUCGUUCACUUUUUUUUUUUUUUUUAUUAGUUUCAAGUCUUUGUAUAUUCUGUAAUGCCACAUUUCUCAAACUGCAGAGAGAUGAUCACU